AUGCCAGUUGCUGACCGUGUGAAAGUGCUUAUGUGGAAGAAUGCUUAUCUACAUAAGAAGGGCAUAGACUAUUUCCGUCCGAUAGGAACACCACCGGGAAGCGUUCAUUCCAGUCGAGAAGCCCUCGAAUUCUUUUGGAUUCACACUUAUUCACACGUCUGUCACGAUGCAGCACCACUUAUGGGACUGGCCAUGAGCGGACCGGCGAUGAUGGCGGCACGGAUCAAAGGCCAUUUCUAG